CGGUGUGUAGGUGAUGCCGAACCCCAGAGAGGCGGAGGAGAGCCGGUUCACCCCAUGUACCGGAGCCAGGAAGUUGGGGAGACCGGGCCUCCACCGGGACACAGACCGAUAGCAUGCAGGGUCAGGUUCCGAGACUUUCAAAAGUCAACUUAUUUACGCUGCUGCUAAGCCUUUGGAUGGAGGUUUUCCCGUCUCGUAAACAUGCGGAGAACACAAAACAGCCUCAGAAUGUAGCUAUUGUGUAUUAUAGGUCUUUCUUUGCCUUUAUUACUUUACCCUCUUGUUUCUUACAGCAGGUAAAGAAGACGGGUCUUGUAGUUGUGGGUAACAUGAAGAUUAUUGGCUUGCACUGUUCCAGCAGUGAGCUUCAUGCAGGUCAGAUUGCUGUUAUUAAGCACGGCUCAAGACUCAAGGAUUGUGAUCUUUAUUUCUCCAGAAAACCAUGCUCUGCCUGCCUGAAAAUGAUUGUCAAUGCUGGAGUAAACCGAAUUUCAUACUGGCCAUCAGACCCGGAAAUGAGCCUCCAAGAAGAAAUAUCUGCUGACAGUGUCAAUGGAGAUGCCAGGCUAGAUGCCAAGGCAGUAGAGAGGCUGAAAUCAAACAGUCGUGCCCAUGUCUGCGUGCUGCUGCAGCCACUGACAUGUUACAUGGUGCAGUUUGUUGAAGAAACCUCCUUAAAAUGUGACUUUGUUCAGAAGAUUGCCAGGAAGGAACCAGCAUUCCCAAUAAGCACUUUUUAUGAGUAUCGCCAGGAGAGGAUUAAGGAAUAUGAAACCUUGUUUUUAAUCUCCAGUGAAGACAUGCACAAGCACAUCCUUCGAAUAAUAGGGCUGGAGAAUCUCUGUGAGAAUCCGUACUUUAUAAGCCUGAGACAGAAUAUGAAAGAGCUGGUGCUCAUACUGGCCACAGUCGCAUCCAGUGUUCCUAGGUAUUCUGAUUUUGGGUUCUACCUCAGUAAGACAAGCAGUGAGAGUGGCCCGAGUCUAACCCAAGAAAUUGCCUGGCACUGUAUAAUUCAAGCCCGACUGUUGGCAUAUCGAACAGAAGACCACAAGAUUGGAGUUGGUGCUGUUAUUUGGGCAGAGCGGCAGUCUGUAAACUGUGACGGCACAGGACCCAUGUAUUUUCUGGGUUGUGGAUACAAUGCUUUCCCUGUUGGUUCAGAAUAUGCUGAUUUUCCUCACAUGGAUGACAAGCAGAAAGACAGAGAAAUCAGGAAGUUUCGAUACAUUGUUCAUGCAGAGCAGAAUGCCAUAACAUUUAGAUACAAUGAGAUUAAACCAGAUGAAAACAGCAUGAUCUUUGUGACAAAAUGCCCUUGUGAUGAAUGUGUCCCCCUGAUCAAAGGCUCCGGCAUCAAGCAGAUCUAUGCUGGAGAUGUGGAUAUUGGAAAGAAGAAGGCUGACAUUUCAUACAUGAAGUUUGCAGAACUCAAGGGAGUCAGUAAAUAUGUAGUAAGUGUUGAAGGAAAUGAAUCUGUCACUUUAGCUUAUCAGGGCAGACAUAUUGGUGAAAUGGCAGCAACUCGUUCUUUGAUAAAGACUUUUUAUACACAUGCAUUUUCCUCAUACAGUUCCUUUUUUAUUUCAAGGUUGUUUCUGUUCUUUUACAAAAGUAAUUCAUUUUCUUUUUAUGUGCAAUUGUGUCUACAUGAAAGGUAUAGUUGUAAAAACUUUUCAAGUAGUGAUAUUUUUAUAACUGCGCUGAAAAAAAUGUUGGUGCUAAUGAAUCCAAAAUAA